UCUGAGGUGAAAUGCAGCCAAACCUGUUGGACAAACCGAGGACAAGUCAGACUGCAGCUUCGCCAGAAAGAGGAACACACACACAUACACAGAGGAACACACACACCCUGGCAUCCAGCUGGUCAUACAUGCUGGUCCGAACACUCUGUGACAUCACCGUUACAUCAUUAGCACCAUCGGUGGGCACAUGGACAGGAACGCCAUGGACAGGCCUGCUCCUGGGGCCUCGGGGGCCCCAAACAUCCAAGAUCUGGAGCUGAGGGAGGAGUGGCAGGACGAUGAAUUCCCCAGGCCCCUCCCAGAGGAUGGUGGAGAUCCAGAGGAGUCAGUGAGUCCAGUAGGAGGAUCCAGUGAACAAGCACCGUCUACCAGUCUGGCCUUGUGUACAGGUGAGAGGGGGGCUAAAAAGCGUCUGGCGGCCCCAGCUCUUAACCUCACUCUGAGUCACACUGACUCACAUGACAAGACUGACAGCUUCUCGGCAGCAGCAUUGUCAGGGACACCAGAUGACACACCAUCACUUGACAUAAACCUGGAAGCUCUGGAGACACCAUCGGGCAGUGAAACAGGAACACUACCAGAUAGCAUGCAUGAACUCGAGUGGGAAGAUGACCUCCCCCAGAUGGAGAAGGGUGGGGCUGUGGGUGUGGCCAGUAGCCCAGUGGAGCACUCUGAGGGUCUGAUGGAGCUAGACCAGGUGGACAGCAAAGGGCGCCGUUGGAGGAAGUUCUGCAUCUCAGGGUAUGAAUACCGGGUCAACAUGAGCGUUCUGGAGCCGUACCUGCAGGUGUUAUCACAUGGAGGCUAUUAUGGAGACGGGAUGAACGCUAUCAUCCUUUUCACUUCUUGUUACUUGCCAGAGAGCACAGUGGAGAACUAUGACUAUGUCAUGGACAACCUAUUUAGGUACAUUAUUGGGACAUUGGACUUAAUGGUUUCAGAGAACUAUGUGUUGGUUUACCUGUGUGCCAUGGCUCCCAGAAACAAACUGCCAGCCAUCAAAUGGCUUCAUCAAUGCUAUACCUCCAUCGACAGAAGGUUGAAGAAGGACCUGAAGGGACUGCUAGUGGUUCAUCCUGCUUGGUACAUCAAAGCUAUAAUAACAGUGGUCAAACCCUUCAUCAGUGACAAGUUCAGCAGAAAGAUUCGCUUCAUUCAGAGUCUUCAGCAUCUCGGCCAGAUUAUCCCCACAGAGAGACUACAGAUCCCAGAUGCAAUCCAGGAGUAUGAUCAGAAGUUGAACAGAUGACAUUUGGAAUAUUAAGGCUGGAUGAACUUGGGUUUUCAAGUUAAAGGUCAUUGUGAUGUCACUGAAUUGCUGACCUUUGACCUGCUGCUUCUUCAGCCACAGACUGGUUUAUUUAUGUUGCCUUUCUUUGUGAUGGGAGGGCUGAAGGAACUGUUCCUGGGUCAGUUUUCAGACUCGUUUUGAUGGGUUUAUAAUCAGUAUUCUGAUCUGGUGUCAGAGACCUGAACCCACCUUCAUCAUCAGGUCUUCCUCCUCAGAAAUAAAUUAUUUAAACAUCAUCCUGAUUCUCAAUAUCUCUAUGGAAAUGGUCACUUCCUGUUUAUGUAAUUCAUGUGUUUAAGCAUCAGAUACCAUUUGUCUUGGCUGGAACCACAAGCAAACAACAAGGCUCUGCAUCCUGUUGAGAGGUGAAGCCAUCAGGCUUCGCAUACAGAAAUGGCCAUCGCUGGCGCUGAAAACCUCUCCUACUCAUCUGCAACAACCAGGGAUUUAUACUCCUCAAUAACUAUUUUCCGCCAGUCAUGUCAGAAACAUACACAGUGCUGUACAAAAGUUGUAGGCAGGUGCGAAAAAGGCUGUGAAGAAAAAAAAUGCUUUCACCAUCUCAACAUCAUGGAGUGUGCCUGGACUACAUGAAGAGACAGAAGGAUGUGAGGAAGCCUACAUCCACAGAAGAUCUGUGGUUAGUUCUAGUCUAGAACAACCUACCAGUCCUGUUCCUUCAAUGUGUGAAAGUGCAGCCAGAAGAAUUGAUGCUGUUACGAAGUCACACCAGAUUUUAAUUUGAUCUAGAUUUCUCUUUUGUUCAUUCACUGCUUUUUAUUGAUUGAUUAAAAUAAAUAAACACUUCCAUUUUUGAAAGCAUUCUUUGUUUACAGCAUUUUUUCUCACCUGUCUAAAACUUUUGCACAGUUUUUUACAGCUGAAGAUCCUGCAACCAAGUGAGAAUUAAAUGGUUUCAGCACCUGGAAACAAGAUCUCAGGUAGAAUUUUAGUUAGCAACCAUCUGUUAUUUGCUAACAUGGAUUAUCAUAUUAUUGAGUGAUGAUAGGUCAAACACGGAUGACCACCUAUCAUGUUGCUAUAGUAACAUGAUAACCAUGAAGUGACUGCUGUUUAUCUGGUUCAAAUGUGGUUUUCAUCUGGAUGUCUGGUCCAUCUGGGUGGGGGCAGGAGGCAGCUGACUGGCUGCUCCAUUCUUCACUACCUGUAAUAAAAUGUUGAUUUUUAUAGCGUGACUGUUUUUCUUACUAUGUGAACGGUCUGGUUCUGGUUAGAGCUUUCUGUUUCCAUACAGAUCACAUCCUCAGCUUGGGGUGUCUUGGUCAAGAACACAUGAAGAAGAAGAAAGGAUGUUUUUAUACAGCUCCUUUCAAGAUAAAAUCACAAGGCCCUUCUCAAGAACAGCUCUCUGAACCACCUGUAAAUGGUUGGUUUUGCUCAUACGAAUGAAAACUGGGCUGCAGUAGUCUAGGUGUGAAGGUGUGGAUCACAAUUUCCAGUUCAGAGUGUGACAGAAUGUGACUCAGCAAUGUUACUAAGAAGAUAAUUACUAGUAACAGCUAGAUUAGAUAGCCGAAAUGGUUUUCUCCAUGGAAGAGUUUCAGUUUCCAUUCUGGACUGGAGGAAUCUAUUUGUGGAUAGGAGCUGCUGAAUAUACAUGAAUGGAAAAUGUGAUCUUAUUUGUUCAUAAAUUUCAUAAUGUUCCUUAUGGAUAGUAAUGUUAUGACUUUCUGGAAUGUCACGUUAUACAAAUAAGAAAUAUAUUUUUAUAUAGCACCUGUCAAGAUAAAAAUCAUGAGGAGCUUCAUAGAUUUAUUUGAUGGGACAUAUCCAAUCUGCCAAAUAAAUAUUAAAAUGGUUUCCAUAAA